CGUUGGCAAAGGCGUUGCAACCAGUAACAACAUCGGCGGGUAACAUUUGAAUAAAGAAGCAAUUGGUAAAUGAACGCUUAUUGGCGCGUUAAUUUAAACAAUUCUAUUGUACGUAGCUUUAAAAUUACUAGUUAUGAAAACAGGAUACAGUAAUGUCUGCUGAUGUGGCCAGGGAAACGUUUUACGGCUAUCUUUUCCAGUUCUGACAUCACUACCCUGUACAAAUGAAUCCGUGGGACCUUGCUCCAUAUUCAGUAACACCGGUUGCAAGUCUUUUGACCAAAUGCGUGACCUCGGGUGUACUGUCUCAGGAGGACGUUGAUACGGUCCCUCGAGAACCCAAUGUCUUCUCCCCUCAUCUCCUACAAGCUGAACAGCUCAUCACUAUGGACCGUGAACUUGACAAGAUCAAUCUGGAAAUGGAGUUGUUGAAGCUGGAGAAGGAAAGUGCAGACGUCACCCACAAAUUCUAUCUGAGUCAGAGGUUUGCUUCGUUGCAGCAGUUUACCUCCCAUUUGCAAGACUUGCUAAGAGAACAGGCCAGUCUGCAGCAGAGGCUGAUGAAACCACUGUGCCAGACUAACUUACCUAUACAGGCAGAUCUUCACAGAUAUGUGGUGGAGGUCAUGAAGAUGGUGGUGGACUACAUUGAGAACCUGGAGGCAAAGAUUAAUACUGUUCGCACUAUUCCUACCAUUGACGAAUCCAUUAGUAAUUUGAACAACGGUGUGGUUCAGCUUUUGGCUCAGGUGACAGAGGUGGAAAGACUUUCCAAACAGGUGCUGCAGCGGCGAUGUCAAAACAGCAGCACUUCUAUCAAUGACAUCAUUUCCUGAAAGGUCAUACCCUGUUCCCUACCCAUCUCCCCUGGUCACAUAUUCAACAAAGUUAAAAUGUUUUUUACAGCCGAUGUACCAUUCCCGUUUUAUUUAUUGGGCAAGUGAAUGCUUUGGGAGAAGGCUGGAUAAUUGGGACUCAGAGCAAGCCUGACCUUUCAGAAUCCUUCACAAUGGAGAUUUGAGAUAAAUACUUGAUGAAAUGUUUUCUCUGAUAAUGUUUAACGAACUUCUUCAUCAGAGAAUGUUUUUAAUUCAGUUCUAUCCUUGUUCAUUUUGAUUGAUACAAUGUUGUCCUGUAAAUAAACCAAAUUCAACAUAGCCUAAAUUAACAUAGUUUUUACUUUUAAACAAAAAUGCAAUAAUGCUCACCAUUAUUGACAUCGUCUGCAGCAAAAGCUUUUUCUCUCAUAUUUUCAAGAGGUCCAGUUCACGAUAUUGGCCUUGUGUCAUUGUGGCAAUUCUCAGUUGGUUUGGGAGAGUCGUAGGUCAAUACAUGUACCCCCCAAAAGCACAUCUCGCAUUCUGUUUCCACCCACACUGCUCACUCAACUAGGAUAUAUCUGCAAGUACCAACAUGCUUGAAGCAGAGUGCAUUCUUUUAACAGCAACUAGGAUUGCGCUUGUAGUCACCCAACACAAGGUGUCGCUAGAGUGCAACAUGACAAGGCAACCCCUAUCUGACAUCCCACCUAUCCACCAUGUUAUUUUCUAAUCGGACAUAAUCUUACGCCAUGGUGCACACCCAGAAAACUACAACUUCUGUUUUCUGUCUUCUGUCAAAUGUAAAAAAAUGUUUUUAAGGCAGAUGAUUAAAAGCCAUUAUUUAACCUUUGAAAACACAGACUUCUACACAGACUUCUGUACCUGCUAUUUCCAUGACUCUUUGUGUUGUUACGUCUUUCGAUUAGGCCAACCGUAACCUGAAAACAGGGUUUCUGACUCAUAAUGUUCCUUCAAAACCUGAUGAUGUGAAAACACAUGCCAGGUGGCACUCAAAGAGUGCAGGCCUGAAGCUCAUUAGCUGGAUAUUGAAAUGCUAUCAGGCUGGCCCCAGUAGGACAGAGUCAACAGUGAUAUAACUGUCACCACACAGCAUCCAGAAAGGUCACAUAAAAAAAAGUGAUAUAGGUCAUUUUGACUUUAAUCUCUGUUUUUGUUGGUCAUUUUCUGGUAUUGUGUGUAGAUUAAUGAGGGAAAAAAUCUAUUCACGCCAUUGAGUGUUCAGU